AUGGGGAUAGGGGUAGGAGAGUGGAGAAAAUUUCGUAGACGCGCGUGUGUGUGGAGAGACGGUUACGCACGAAGUAUACACGAGGUACCUGGUGUUCGUCUGCCGUUACAGACCAAUUACGCUUCACCUCCUCAUGCUGUUUUUAUGUACAGUACUACCUCCGAAGGGGUGACCCUUCAAUUACGUGACACGGAUGAUAUUGAUGACAAGGCAGGCCUUGCGUCAGUUUUGGCAAGGUUGCAACAGGAAGAUGCAACUUUAAGCAUAAGUUACCAGGAAACGGAAAUGCUUGCGGAAAGUAGCAUUGACGUACUUUUGGGAGCUGGAUCUCUGCAUCCGAACGACGCAGGUGGGAUAAAUGAAGGUUAA